AUGUCGGCCUUGUACGGCACCCCACCUCACUCUGCAACCUCAAACGGCUUCAACCUCUCCUCCCCAUCUCCCUUCAAAGUAGACGACGACGAUGACAUUGCCUUCGACUCUCCAAAGGAGGAAGCUUCGUACUACCGCGACAAGUAUCGCGUUGCCGUAGACUUGCUCAACGAAACGCGCGCCGAGCUCGACGAGUUUCAACUCUCAUCACGAGAACUCGAGCAAGAACUCGAAAAGGAACUAGAGGCAACAGAGGCAAAGCAUGCAGACCUCCAAGAGCGCAUCCAACGCCUCGAGACAGACAAGGACGAAUGGAAGAACAAAUUCAUUGCUCUCCAGAAGCAGCACUCGUCCACUGUCAGUACCAUGCAACUCGAGAUGGACAACUUGCGCUCCGAGCGUGACAAGACACUCGUCGCAAUUCGCGACUUGGAGAUGGGCAACGAUGAGCUCGAGAGCAUGCAUCGUGUAACACAUUCGUCACUGCUCGAUAUGGAGAUCAAGUACAAUCGCUCUAUCGAGGAGAAGACGUUGCUUGAGCAAGAGGUCAUCGCCAAGCAGGAGCUCGACGAGGAGUGUCAGCGUCUCAAAGAUGACGUGCGCGAUGCCAACAACGAGAUUGCCAUCCUGCGCGACCGCUUGGCAAGAGCCGUGGUUCCUACACCACCUUCCUCGGACGCGCCGAUGUCGCCCAUGAUGGACAUGUACACGCGCUCCGACGCUCCUUCUCCCACGCUCACGGACGGCUCUGCUGCAACACACAGGUCGUCACCGUCCGCGACAGCGACCGGCCGAACCGAUCGCAGCCCGACUGUGACACCGCGGACCGUGAGACAAUCGCCUCGCAUCCCGCGCAGCACGACAACCCCCGUCUUAGCAUCCCCGAACGUGAGAAGGACGCUUCCGGCGCCGUCCCCGUCUGGAAUCCCAGCUCUCACAAGGAGUACGACGACGCGGAAUCUCGCACCAAACGAAGCUGCGCCCAUGCGCCGGACGUUUACCACGGCCAAUCUCAGUGGUCAAACGACCAAGACAAAGGGCCUGCGCUUGCUCCAGGACAUUCAAACACGUCUCAAGGCAACCGACGACCGCUUGGGUGCCCGCAUGCCGAAACGGAGUGUCAUACCGCCACGCAAGAGUACCCUCCCAAGCUCGACUACUGUAUCGACUGUCCCUGCAACUAAUGCGCAACACACCAGGGUGGCGGCAUUAUCCAAGCCACCACCUGGUGCAAAUGUCACCCCAACUGGCGGCAACGCGAGCGUUCUCUCUCCGUCGUGGGUUAUGCUAUCGGACCCCGAGGACACUCCACCGGCCCAUCCAGGCCCGCAUCGGAAGCAUGACCCUUCAUCGCCGCUCGAGCCCACACGCGGUGUUGGGGCCAACAUGCUUCCCAAGCGCCCGGGAAUACCAUCUCCACUCGCUCCACAACUCGGUCGGAGCCACCGUGGUUCACCUGGCCACACACCGGCGGCCUCCGCGCGGACCUUGCACAAGUCGCACCGCGCUUCUGGUCGUCAGCAACUCUCCCUCUCUACAGGCCUAAACGGGCCACUGGCAGGCAGGAGCUCGCUCUCGCAGUCAGUUCGCGCUGGCGUUCCACUCAUGUCGUCGCAGACACAGGCGCACACGAGGUCGUCGAGCCGGAGUGGAGCCAUUAGUCCGAGUUUUAUUCCCGAGCCCUCGCGGAGAGCCUCGAUAGGCUCCCAGAUCUUGAGUCCGACGGACUCGCUCGUGUCCUUCGGUCAGUCGAUCUCGGGACGCUCGUCACGCGCAGACCACUCGCGCAACGUUUCGGCCGACCUCCGCGCCCUCUCCCGGUCGAGCAUGCGUCCACCUUCCAGCUUGGACAUACGGCCAGCAUCGCGUUCGGAUAUGCGGCCAGCAUCGCGUUCGGAUAUGCGGCCGUCGUCACGCACCGAGAUGCGCAUCGUGUCGCGCUCGGACAUGAUGCGCCCGCGCUCGCGGAUAGGCAGCGUCGACGAGCGCGGCGAGCGAGUCGUAUCCCGGGGAACGCAGAGCACCGGGCCCCGCCCGCUUGGCCGUGGCCCAGCCCCUGGAAUGGGCGGGCUCCAGAUGGCGCAGUCCGCAUCGACGACGUCGGUAGCGAGCGGCGUCAGUGCGGCUAGCGGGAUAAGCGCCGCGAGCGCUCAGUCCAGCCUCAGCGCUGCGUCGACCCGUAGCAACACGAGCAACGUGAGCAUCGGGACGAGAGGCGCGCACGCGUCGAUGCCAGCCCCUGGCACCAAGGCGAUGCGUCGCCCGCCGAGGCGCUCGAGCGUCGGCGUCAACGACGCGGGUGCACGGCCGUCGAGCAUCCCCGGACCGAAGACGCCCGUCGGCGCGCGGCCGACCUCCGUGCCCUUCAUGGACACGCCGCCGCCGCCCAUGCCGCGCAUCCCGAGCCACCACCUGCGCCGGGGUUAG